AUGGUGCAGUUCCCCACGUGUCAGGUUCUCAAAAAAAAGGGGGAGCGGAGGAAAGUCAGGGGUAUAGAGGGCAAGAAAAAAAAACUCUACAAUUCUACCGGACGGGAGCUACGCAGAGCUCUUUUUUCUCUGAAGCAGAUUUUCCAGGAUGACAAAGAUUUGGUUCACGAGUUUGUGGUGGCUGAAGGACUGACAUGUUUGAUCAAAGUGGGAGCUGAAGCGGACCAGAACUACCAGAAUUACAUCCUCAGGGCUUUAGGUCAGAUAAUGCUGUAUGUGGAUGGAAUGAAUGGCCUCAUAUCACACAAUGAGACUGUCCAGUGGCUCUACACCUUGGUUGGAUCAAAGUUUCGUCUGGUGGUGAAGACAUCCCUCAAGUUGCUGCUGGUGUUUGUCGAGUACACGGAGAGCAAUGCUGUCCUUCUCAUAAAUGCUGUGAACACUGUGGAUACCAAAGGAGGUAAAAAACUAUGGUCAAAUGUCAUGGAGAUCUUGGAGGAGAAGGAUGGUGUGGAUACCGAACUACUGGUUUUUGCCAUGACGCUCAUUAACAAGACUCUGGCAGCCCUUCCAGAUCAGGAUUCCUACUAUGACAUGGUGGACUGUCUUGAGGAACAAGGCAUCGAAACCACGGCCCGGAGACACCUAAGCAGAAAGGGCACUGACCUGGAUCUCGUUGAACAGUUCAAUAUCUAUGAGGUGACUCUUCGCCACGAAGAUGGAGAUGACGAGGCCCAGUUGCCUCCGUGUGCCAGAAAGGACCGACGCAGGGCUAGUGUCGGUGGUACCAAUGAAAGACGAGGCCUGGAGAGAAGAAGGAGCAGGAGGCAUUCGCUUCAGAAUAACAAAGAGCAUACACCCAGCCCAGCAUCUCCAAGCAGCUUCCUGCCCUUCGGGGGACAGCGGGUUGAAGACAUCAGUGAAAGAGAAGAGGAAGAGGAAGAAGAGGAGGAGGAUGAGGAGGAUGAGGCAGAUGAUGAAAGCCAACCAGACUCUGAGCCCCCUAUGCAGGGCUCUUACAGUCUGACAGAGACAUCACUUUCUACAGCUUACUCAGCUAGAAAGCCCUGCUGGGCUGAGAGACAUCAGACUCCGAGGUCACCCAUCCACAGGCUCAGUAAUUCAGCCCCAUCCACACCUGACUCCAAGCCUGAAAGAACUGCUAUUGGGAGCUUGCUAACGUCUUCAUUCAGGCAGCACCAAGAAUCUCUUGCUCUGGAGAGAGAGAAGAGACGUCAGGAAAGAGAGGAGCGUCUGCAGCGGAUUGAAAGAGAAGAGAGGAAUCGAUUGAGUCAUGACCAUUUGGAAAAGAGGGAAGAAUUAAGACAAGCCAGGGAGGAAAGGUACAAGGCCGUGGAGAGGUCGACUGCAGAGGAGAGUGAGCGGGAGCGGCCUCGGGUGCCAACAAGAGGACGAACAGAGAUCACUCUGUGUUUGAGUCCAACUCCAAGCGUCCGCUCAGUAUCACGAUGUUCAACAGCCUCACCCUCCAUCUCACAGGGAGCCACAGCCAUGGCUCCAGAGAAGACAACAUUGGGAACAGAAUGCAUUUCAAGACCAAACCUUUUCCGACAGAGCAGAACCAAAAGUUCAGCGCCUGAAUUCUCAACGUCAAUACCUCCCCAACAAUUAGACAGGACUGAGACAAAGACAGAGGCAGGGAAUGUUGCUGAUAUAAAGAAUGGCAACAAUGACCUAGCACAGCUGGAUGUGAAGGAGCAGGCAGAAAAGGAGAAGGAGGAGAAACCAAAGCAGGAGAUGCUUAAAAAGCAGGAGCAGAUUGUUGAUGAGGUUGGAGCGGAUGCAGCAGAGACAACUGAUGCAGCAGAGGUUGGAGAGCAGGAUGUGAAUGUACUAGUGGAGUCAGAGGAGAAAGUGAAGCAUGCAGAUGGGGAGGUGGAGGAGGGUGUGGUUCUGAGUGAGAAAGAGAGACAGAACGAGGAAGUGAACGAAAAGGACAAUUGCUCUGCAUCCAGCAUCUCUUCCACAAGCAGCACCUUAGAAAGGGAGGAGCGGGAGCAGAAGCCAGCAAAAGAGGCUGAAUCAGGCCAAUGGCAUCAGUGUCUAAAGGAGGCAGAUGUGACCGACCAGUGCAAGAAGAUUCUCAACAACAAGCGCUUUAUGCUGGACAUGCUCUAUGCCCAGAAGGCUGUCUCUGAGGAUGGCGGAGAGGUUGUGGAGUCAGAGAAGGAAAGGUGUAAGUGUGAGAGGGAGACAGACGCUAGUGAUUCUGUGACCAGUUUGGCAACCCGGAUCUCCACACUGGAAGCGAACAGACAGGCCAGAGAAGACAAUGUUAAAAGAUUGGAGGUGGAACAGCUGGACAACCAUGGCAGUGUCAGAACUGUGGCGGAGAGGUUUGGGGAUUUAGUUAAAGGUCUAUCGUCUACGCUAGAGAUAGAGGCUCCUAAAGAGCAACCGCAGAUAGAUAAAUCAUCUGGUUCAGCCCCUAAGAAGGAGUCAGAUCAUAUCUGGGAUCAGCUGAUGGCAUCUCCCAGGGAGCUGCGGAUCAAAGAAAUGGACUUUACGGAUCUUAGAGAGGAGGACGAUAUGGACAUUUUAGAUAUGGAGACCAUGAUGGCUUCACCACCUCCACCAUGCAGUUCCACCCUCCCACCACCUCCACCUUUGUUCGGAUGCCCCCCACCCCCACCCUUUCCUGGCAGAAUGAUGCCUCCACCUCCUCCAUUUAUGGCUCCCCUGCCGCCACCUUCUCCUCAUCUGGGUAGAGGAGAAGCCCCUCGGUUCCAGAAGAAGAAGACUAUCCGUCUCUUCUGGAAUGAGGUACGGCCUGUGGACUGGCAGCGCAAAAAUCACAAGUUCUGUAAGGAGUCCCUGUGGUCCAACCUAGAGCCAGUUAAACUGGACACAUCCAAGCUGGAGCAGCUGUUUGAGACCAAAUCCAAGGAGCUGUCCGUCACAAAGAAACCAUCAGCUGAAGGCAAACGACAAGAAAUCAUCGUCCUCGACUCAAAGCGCAGCAACGCCAUAAAUAUUGGAUUAACUGUCUUACCUCCUCCUCGCACAAUCAAGACAGCUAUUCUCAACUUUGAUGAGUACGCACUGAACAAGGAAGGCAUUGAGAAAAUCCUCACAAUGAUCCCAACGGAGGAGGAGAAGCAGAGGAUCCAGGAGGCUCAGCUGAUGAACCCUGACGUCCCGUUGGGCAGCGCUGAGCAGUUCCUGCUCACCCUCUCCUCCAUCACAGAGCUGUCAGCGCGACUGCAGCUGUGGGCCUUCAAGAUGGACUACGAGCUUAUUGAGAAGGAAGUGGCAGAGCCACUGCAGGACCUGAAAGAAGGAAUGGAUCAACUUGAAAAAAACAAAACCCUCAGAUACAUCCUGACCACCCUGCUGGCCAUUGGUAACUUCCUCAAUGGAUCAAAUGCCAAAGGCUUUGAGCUGAGCUACUUGGAGAAAGUCCCGGAGGUGAAGGACACGAUUCAUAAGCAGUCCCUGUUGCACCACGCCUGCUCCAUAGUGGUGGAGAAGUUUCCAGACAGCACCGACCUCUACUCUGAGAUAGGAGCCAUCACCCGCUUGACCAAGGUGGAUUUCGACCAGCUUCAAGAUAAUUUGGCCCAGAUGGAGCGCAGGUGCAAAGCAUCAUGGGACCACCUAAAAGUUAUUGCAAAACAUGAGAUGAAGCCAGCGUUGAAGCAAAAAAUGUCUGAUUUCCUCAAAGACUGCGCAGAGAGAAUUAUAAUUCUGAAAAUAGUGCAUCGCAGAAUAAUCAACAGGUUUCACGCCUUUUUGUUAUUCUUGGGCCAUCCGAUCUAUGCGGUAAGAGAGGUCAGCAUACAUCGCUUUAGCAAGAUCCUGAGCGAAUUCGCCCUGGAGUACCGCACGACGAGAGAGCGUGUGCUGCAGCAGAAACAGAAGAGGGCCAACCACAGAGAAAGAAACAAGACCAGGGGGAAAAUGAUAACAGAUAGUGAGGAUGACGAUGACAGUGAGAGCGGUAAAUUUGGAGGGGCUUCUUCAGAUGCACAGGAGAGCCAGGCUCAGGGUAUCCAGAGCGCUGACGAUGCAGCAGAGCAUGAAAACAUGAAGGCUGUGUUAAAAACUGGUCUGAAAGAUGGAGAGAGCAGCACAUCCACUGUGCCCGGGCUGCGAGGUCGCACCAGAGGCGGCAGCCUCAGAGCGCGCGUUGCUCCAUGGUGUUCUGCUAGUGAUGACCCUAUAAGCUGUACAGAUGACACAGCUGAUGAGAUCAUGGAGAGGAUUGUUCGAUCAGCCACUCAGGGGCCCAGUCAGAGGACACUACCUCGUGAGAGGAGGCGAUCCCGGCUAAACAGGAAAUCAUUAAGGAGGACUCUAAAGAGUGGCUUGACGACAGAGGAGGCCAAUGCCCUCGGCUUGUCCAGUGGUUCUGAGCUUCAGGUGUGAGAAAGACUAGGAUUCUGCUGGACAUUAGGAGAACUGUUGGCCCUUUCACUGCCUCACACACGCCCCCCUCCAAUCCAGACUGGAGAUCCACCCCUCUCUUGCCUCCAACCACCUGCAAGCUGGGAUGAAGUUGUUUGGUUUACAUACUGUGAUAUGAGAAAAAGGGAAAAAUCGCUGAGGAGAUCUUAUUCUUAAACCUGUGGGCAGGAAAAACAGCUUUGCAAUGAAACCACUAAGCUUGGCUUUUGCCAGAUGAACACAGAACAAGUGCUUUUGCAAGGCUUUACCGCCGUCAUCCUGCAUACAAAUGCCCACUAAGGUUUGUGUCUUGCUUUGUGUGUGCUUGAGGCUGCCAGUGCACGUGCUUCAACCACUUGCAGCCUUCCUUUGGACACAAAAGGCUGAACGUGGUGCAAAUCUUGAACCCUUAAAAUUACUGUGCACUGGGGGUUAAACGACAUAGCUGAGCUGAAUGACAUUUCAUCUAUUGAAUAGAUGGCUUGGUGCAGAUGGUUAUUUUGUUGUAUACUACUGGGGUUAUUUUAUGUUUAAUUUUGGUCCGAAAAGGUGCUUAAAUAAGGAACAUUUUGCACUGGAUGUAAAAGUUUGGCUAUCAUUGGAAUGUGAGAUUUUUGACACUGAUGAACCACUCUGACAUCUGAAUCUGACUAUGUGCUCAUCAAUGUGCCAGCUAUUCAGAAGUAGCACACUUUUAACAUCACAAAAUUGUAUAGAAUAAGGCAGAUGUGCGUUAGUUUAAAGAUAAAGAAGGAAUUUAAUAGUGUAGAUGUAUUUUUGAAGAUUGUGAGGAGACAAAACGUUCAGUGUUGCAUUGUUUGAUCAAUUCUUAAAUUAAAACUAAAGAGCUGCAAGCAUUCAUGGAAGUUAGCAGUUCGAACUCUUUCUAAAUUUGCAUUUUAUAGAAACUAUGAGCUGCACAUUUCAGUGCCUUGCAGACAGUUAUUUAUUAAGAUGCUUUCAGGGAUAUGUGAUAACCUUGUUUCUACAGAUGUGCAACCUGUGUAUGAGAAGAUCAUUUUAGCAUUAAUCAGUUUUUAAACCCAUCAUAAUAAAGUAGCUUUUUGGCUACAUUAGGGGUAUUUAAUUUCUACGGCUUCAUGUUGGUUUGAACAUUUAGUGUCUCAUUUAGCUUUCUGCACAUGUAACUAUUCAAGAAAGGACAAUGUAAUGUACAGGUCCUUCUCAAAAUAUUAGCAUAUUGUGAUAAAGUUAAUUAUUUUCCAUAAUGUAAAGAUAAAACUUGAACAUUCAUAUAUUUUAGAUUAA